UUGAGCUUUGAAUGAGGGGCCGUCAUCCCGGCGGAUCGGAGGUGAAAAAUACACUUUAAAGUGUCUCUGUAUGCAUUUAAAAUGAACAAGCAGGCUUUUCCGACAGGCACCUGACCGACCGUUCAGCAGCUGUUUCACCUCCCUGUCGGGUUUCUUUGGAUGUGCUACUCUCUGCUCCCUUCCAGCGUAUCGUGCUUCUGAUAUUCCUUAGGACUCGUUAAGACCAAUGCCUUAGUUCUGAUUUAACACCACCCAAAAGUACAUACAUAGAUCCGUCUUAUAUAGGUUAUUUCCAGCAGGAAUUCAGACCCCAUAUAAUCUCCCCGUUUUCAUUUUAAGUUGGAUUAAGAGGUCACAUCAGGACACUCUUAAGUCCACAUAAACAUACACAAGCCACCAUGUCCUCCAUCCUUCCCUUCACUCCCCCUGUUGUGAAACGCCUCCUGGGAUGGAAGAAGACUCCAGCAGGGAGCGCAGGAGCAGGAGGAGGGAUCGGAGGGGUCGGGGAGCAGAAUGGGGGAGGGCAGGAGGAGAAAUGGUGCGAAAAAGCUGUGAAAAGCCUGGUGAAGAAGCUGAAGAAGACGGGGCAGCUGGACGAACUAGAGAAAGCCAUCAGCACGCAGAACAGCAACACAAAGUGUGUCACCAUACCUAGCAAUUGCUCAGACCUUUGGGGUCUCGGCUCAGGCCACACGAUAGAGCAGUGGGACUCUGCAGGCAUGUACGGAUACCAUGACCACAGCAGGUCGCUGGACGGGCGUCUUCAGGUGUCUCAUCGUAAGGGCCUGCCUCAUGUCAUCUACUGCCGCUUGUGGAGAUGGCCUGACCUUCACAGCCACCACGAGCUGAGAGCAAUCGACACCUGCCAGUUUGCUUUCAACCUCAAGAAGGACGAAGUGUGUGUCAACCCCUACCAUUACCAGAGAGUGGAGACACCUGUGCUGCCUCCAGUGUUGGUCCCACGCCAUACAGAGAUUCUGACAGAGCUUCCACCUCUAGACGACUUCACAAACUCCAUCCCUGAAAACACCAACUUCCCUGCAGGAAUAGACCCUCCUAACAACUAUAUACCAGACACUCCUCCACCUGGCUACAUGAGUGAAGAUGGAGAAACCAGCGACCAGCAGAUGAAUCAAAGUAUGGAAUCAGGUUCACCAGCAGAAAUGUCACCAAGCACCUUGUCACCUGUCAGCCAUGGCCUCGAUCUCCAGCCGGUCACCUACAGUGAACCAGCUUUCUGGUGCUCUAUAGCUUACUAUGAGCUGAACCAGCGGGUUGGAGAGACCUUCCACGCCUCGCAGCCCUCUCUGACCGUCGAUGGCUUCACCGACCCCUCCAACUCUGAACGCUUCUGUUUAGGGCUCCUCAGCAACGUUAACAGAAACGCAACUGUUGAAAUGACGAGGAGACAUAUAGGUCGUGGUGUGAGGUUGUAUUACAUCGGAGGGGAGGUGUUCGCCGAGUGCCUCAGCGACAGUGCCAUUUUUGUCCAGAGUCCCAACUGCAACCAGCGAUACGGCUGGCACCCCGCUACAGUCUGCAAAAUCCCACCAGGUUGUAAUCUGAAGAUUUUCAACAACCAGGAGUUUGCGGCUCUGCUGGCCCAGUCGGUCAAUCAGGGAUUUGAGGCGGUGUACCAGCUAACCAGGAUGUGCACCAUCAGAAUGAGCUUCGUCAAGGGCUGGGGAGCAGAGUACAGACGUCAGACCGUCACCAGCACCCCCUGCUGGAUCGAGCUGCAUCUCAACGGCCCCCUCCAGUGGUUGGACAAGGUGUUGACCCAGAUGGGUUCCCCCUCAGUGCGCUGCUCCAGUAUGUCCUAAACAGGGUCCUGGUGGAGCCCGUUUAGAGUCCAACUGACAUUUGAGUGUUUGAACAGUAAAGGAGACCACCAUGCAGUCUUAAAUGAUGUACAAACAACAACAUAGGAAGACCUAUUCCACCGUGGACCUGGAGGACGAGAGCAUGACAUCUGUAGUGGACAUCAGUGGAAUGUUAACGGUGAUGUGGCAGUGGACCCUUUGGCUCUGUUGGAUCAACGUCAAGCAAACAACAAGAGAAACCCAAAGCAGGACGGAGCUUUACUGUCCUCCCAGAGACCCAGCAGCAGCAGCAGUUCUGGGGAUCGAGCAUGUGACCUUCUCUUUACAGGACGGUCUGUCCACCCACUCGUUCAUCCUGCCUCCUCACUACCUACCUACCACAGCACAACUCUGGUUCAGUGUCAGUAUUUACAUUUCCACCAGGCUGACCAACAGUAGUACUGCCACUCCAGGCUCAUGCUCAACCAAAGUCAACUUCAUGCCUGGACAUGAUUAAUUUUUUUUCUUUCUUGGUUUUGGUGACCAAACAUCCAUUGUUUUUUUUAAAAUUAUUUUUUAUUUGAGAUGUUCUCCUUCUCUACUUGUCAGUUCUCUGUUAUGAUGGACUUAAACGGUCUCUAACUCUUACAGCGGUACUGUAAGACUGUACUGUAAACACACGCACUCUUUCCAAUCCACACACCAACUAACUUUGUUUUGGCAAAUAAUUUUUUCUGCGUCCUAAAUGCCAGUUGGUCCUGUUCAAGCAUAGCUGCAACUAAGAACUGUAUAUUUUAUACUUCUGUGAGGAGUUUUCCUCUUAAUGUGUGAUCAGUGACUACCUAGCACAGACAAUUUGAAUAAGUAAGUUGAGGAAUUCUCAGAGCAAGAGCAUCCAACCUGUCACCCCACUGGAACCUUAUUAAAGCUGUUUUUUUUGGAUGGUAAAACGCUCAGACGAAGUUAGAAACAGUCCAGUCUGAAGCCCACUCACUCUGCUUCCACUCUGCAUGCUCUUGCUCUCUCUUUCCUGCAUUCUCCUCGUUAUAUUUUUAUAAUUACAUAUGCUUGUUUAUGAGGAGGAGCUCUGUGAAGGACUUGAGGAUAUACAGGAUGAAGACUAAAUGCGAUGUUGCCUAAUUCUGUCUAACAGAUAAAGAGAUAAACUCCAAUCACUUAGUGUAGAAAAUGCACAGGCCUCUCCAGAUACUUGGACUGAUGCACAGUUUUUUCUCCAAUUACUGAUGUUUUAUUGAUAGGAAAAGUCUCCCGAUGUGGGACUUUAAUUUAUAAAAUGACUUCUAUACUUUACUUGCACUGCCCCAAAUUAUGCACCCUUAAGAAAGUUGCCUUUGAUGUAAAAUACUGAAAGAUAUGCUGUGGAUUGUACAGACAGAAAGUGUUGAAGAGCCCAGUAGAAUUUGAGAUGAUUACAGAAGAAAUGCCCCUAUUUUAGAAUACUCCCUGUAAAGAUUUUGGUCUUUAAAUUGGCUUAUUAACGAGUGUCUGAAGCAUUCGAUUGAUUUAAUGAUUUAAAAGCCAGCUGGUACCUCCAUUGGUAUUUUAGAUGAAAGUAUCUAAGCUUUAAAUAUUAAAACAAGCUAGUUAAUACUACACAGUUAUUUUUCUUUACACAUUCUUUUAGCUACAUUUUUGUAUUUUCAUGUAUUUUUUAUAUAUAAAUAUAUUUAAAACCUUCAAAGCUUUCUUCCUUUUUGUUAGGAUUGUUGUUUUUUUUUUUUAGAAUAUACCUUCUGUUUGAAAUGAUUACAGCUUGAUGAUGAUUUGUGACGUAUGUAGCAUAGGAUAGAACAUUUUCACACAAGUUUUACCACUGAAAGCAGGUUUUUUUCAUGAUUGUGAGCUCAGUGAAUGAAAAGUUCUCCUUAUUCCUUCAAAACAGAAUUUGGCGAGGGGAUCUUAUCAGCUGUUAUAGAAAUAAAGGUAGUUUCUUGCCUUAUUGGUACCAUUUUUUCAUCUCUGGGGGGUUUGACCAAAGAUUGAUUGAAGGUAUUGGAUCUAUUGGCUUGACUGUAGUAUUUAAAAUGUUGUUUUGAGUGUUGGUUCGAUGCUCUACAUGAAGGUGAAUAUUUCACAGGUGCACACCGCAGACGUAAGAACAUGAAAGUGUUUAAAUGACUGACUUUUUGCGUAUUAGUUUGUAUUCCAGCAGCAGGGUGAUACAGUAUUAUGCUCAGCAUAGCAGCAGUCGGUAUUAAUUCAGAUAUCUGUCAUUGGAAGGUGAAUUUGUUGAAUUCCGUCUUACUUUAACAACCCAGGACAUUCCAGUUUCAGAACACUUGUACAAGGUAAAUUUUUUGUUUACAUUCGGUUAUCAUAUGAUGUCCCUCUGUACUGUAUUCCUCACGUGCAAGCCAGCGUUUCAUGCACGACGUUCCCGAGAAAACUGAGAUUUUAAGCGGGACAUGUAAAUAGACGUUAAUGGGACGAGGUUGGGAUUUGCCUCGGUGUCACAUUCCAGUUUCCCUUUGUCCAAACCGACAGCGGUCCUCGGCGUGCACAUGAACAUAAACACGUUUUCUACUUCAUCAUUCACCCCUGACUUUACCAAUUAGCUGUAGAACACCAAAAUGAACGGUUAAUGAAGUUUAUCACAUAAGGGCUGAGACACAGAGUCCAGAAAUGCUGUUUAAUCAACCAUAAAGUCAGCGUCCUGCAGAGACUCAACAUUAGCGUUUGAGAGCUCAGAUUGAUGGAUGAACGCUGGUCCUGCAGGAGAGCCGGUGUUUAUGUUGUUCGACCCAGGGACAUCAUGAACUGUGCUUUUUUUUCCUUCAUUCACCUGUAAGCAGACUGAAAGCAGCCACAUGUGGUGAUGUUUGUCUCUAGAUAUGUUUCUGUUCACCUGUCUUGUGUUUUUGCUGUCUUUUUUUUCAUUUAGUAGGGAAAAUGUAAACUGGAUCGUUGUUUUCACUGAAACAGAACUGUAGUGUUUCCUUUAAGUUUGUUCUAUGCAGCGACAUGAAACAGUCCCCGGUAUGAAACAUACGUCGUGUCUUUUCUGAUGGCUUCACACGCCGUCUCGUGCAUUUUGCCAGGAUCCAGCAAAAGCCUUUGGUCUACUUUUUAUUUCUUCCUUUCUCCCUGUUGCUACCUGACAUUUCACCCUGAAACCCACCAGAUCUCCUCACCUUCUGAAGGAAACCAGAGGAGGUUUCAACACUUUCUGAAGGUCCACAUUCCUCUCUGCAGAUCACAGGUUGUGUUUUUCUUUCUGUUAUCGUGAUGACAGUUGCAUCUCACCAGAUGAGCCUCUUUCUGGUGGCUUUUUGGAGAAAGCGAAGCUUCUACAUGUCACUAGUGAUGUUCUAUAGUCGUACUUUUUGUUUUACCAUACAUGCUGUUCCUUUAACAGAGUGUAUUCCAUUAGACAACCAUCUGUUAGGGUUUCUGUCUUCUUCAAACACUGAUGACCUUCAUAGGCUUUCCAGCUAUCCUGCAUAUACAACUUCUUACAGUGUACACUAAUAAAGCUGUUUUAAUUCAA